AUGUAGAAGUAUAGAAAAUCAACAAGUUCACCUAUUUUCAAAUCAUAGAGUUUACCAAUAAUAAAUGAAUUAAAAUUUGCAAUGAGAACCAGAGCAGGAAGUGAUUAAUAGCAUUCAGUGAAAAUAAAUUAAGACAGUUUUAUUGCAUGUAGAUUGUAAAAUAUAUAAUAAUAAUAGUAAUGGUUAUUAAUUUUUUGCAAUUUGUGAUGGUCAUGGUUAAAAUGGACAUCUUGUUUCAUAAUAUUUAAAAAAAAACAUUCCAAGUAUAAAUUAUGAGAAUUAGUUAUUUUAAGGAAUUAUUUAAAGGACAUGUCAUUGAAUUCAGAAGGUAUAAAUUAAGCUAUAAUUCGUUCAUUCCUUAAAAUUAAUAAAGAUUUAUUUUAGAGUAAUAUUGAUACUAAUUUGGCUGGAUCUACUAUUGUAUCAAUAUUAAUAAAAGAUUAACAAGUAGAUCUACUUAUUAUUAAAUAGAUAUUCUGUUCAAAUGUAGGUGAUUCAAGAGCUAUUAUUUGUUAAAAAGUUAAUACUUGGAUGGCUAUAUAAAUUAGUGUAGAUCAUAAACCAAAUAAUUAAAAAGAAAGAGCUAGAAUUUUACAUGCUGAUGGUAGAAUAUCUUAAAGAAAGAAUUCAGAUGGAUAUCCUACUGGUCCUGAAAGAGUAUAUUUAGCAUAUUCAGAUACUCCUGGAUUAGCAAUGACAAGAAGUUUUGGAGAUAAAAUUGCAUCUAAAGUUGGAGUUAUUGCAGAACCAGGUAUUAUUCAUUAUAUUAAAUAAAGAGAUAUUAGAAUUUAAAAUAACUAAAGCUCAUAAGUUUAUAGUAAUUGCUUCUGAUGGUGUUUGGGAUUAAUUGACUAAUGAUGAAGUUAUGGAUUUGAUAUUACCUUAUUUUAAAGAUAAGUAAAUUGAAUUGGCUACUGAAAGAGUUGUAAGAGAAGCAUUUAAUAGAUGGAAAUAAUAUUCUAUUUUGAGAGAUGAUAUAACUUGUAUUGUAAUAUUUUUAUGAUUUGAUAUUAAAUAAUUUUAAUAUAUUAGUUAAACCAUAUGUUUAACUUUCUAUUCAAUAUCAUCUUACUUAUAGAAUUAUCAAAAAAUGAAAUUACUGUUGAUUUUAAUGAAGAUAAUACAUGGGAAAGUAACUUAGAUACUUCAAGUCAUUCUACUUUUAAAGUUUAAAAGUUAUUGACAAAAUAUUGCUAUGUUAGAAUAUCAUUAACAACUAAUGAUCCUAGUUUUUUAUUAAUUGCUGAUUACAAACAAUUACCAAAAACAAACUUAACUUCUAAAUAUAAAUAAGGAGAAAAAAUAGAUAGAAUAAGGUAAGCAUUAUUCUCUAUAAAGUCAACUUGAAAAUAGGAAAUCUAGAUUUCUAAAAUUGAAAGCAACACAAGAAGUUAUUUAUAUAACUACUUUAGCUGAUUACUCAUUAAAUAGUUAUAAUAUUUAUAUAACUGCAAGUAAUGAAGAACUUUGUGAUAACUCAUGUUUUACUAAUGGAGUUUGUGAGGUAAAAAUAUAUUAUUUUAAGAAUGACGGAUGCAAUUGUUAAAGUUCUUUUAUUGGAAAUGAUUGCCAUUAAAAAUCCUAAGAAUUAUAUUCAGAAACUACAUACAAAAUUUAUUUUGAGCAAAAUUAAUCUAUUAAGUUCUUUUCAAUAGACUUGAAUCAUUUAAUUAAUUAAAUGUUAAGACUUGAUUUUUAAGUAAUUUUAAUAUCAAAAUUAUUUAGACUGAUUGUAUAAAUUGUUUAACAAUUAUCAUUUACAAAACUAAGGCUCUUUUGCAAUCAGAUAAUUUUACAAAUGAUAAUUAUUUAUAAACAUUUUAAAUUUAGAAUGGAUAGAUAGCUAUUAUAACUUAGAUUCCAUACACUUUGUCAACAAUUUCAUAACAAAUUUUAAACUUUGCAGUAUUAAAUAAAUAUUCUAAUUUUUAAUCUACUUCUUUAUAAAUUAGAUUUAAUUAAGACUCUUAAGAUAUUAAUAACAAUCAAUAAGAAAAAAAUGAAUAAAAUAAACAAAUUUAUAUUAUCGUUCCAGUUGGAACAAUAAUAAUAUUAAUUAUCAUCAUAUUUUUUAUUUUAAAAUUAAGAAAAAGGUUAAGGAUUGAUAUUUAACCAAAUCCCUCUAAUUAAUUAGAAUAAAAUCCAUAUAUAUAAACUCUUAAUCAUUAAGGAUAAAGAAAUAUACAUUUAUAAGAAAAAGAUGAUAGUUGCCCUAUUUGCAUGUAGGAAAUUGAUCUAAACUAAUUUGUAAUUAAGCUUAAUUGCUCGUAUAUAUAAAUUAUCUAAUUUAGUCAUUAAUUUCAUAAGGCAUGUAUUUAGAGUUAUACUCAAAAUAGCAAAAUUUGCCCACAUUGCAGAAAACCAUUUCAUAAAAAUGAAAUUUACUGA